CUCUCAUCAUCAUCGCUCUCCCUCGCCAGCACCGCAUUUCCCCAACCAAACUCUAAGCCUCCCCCCGCUCCCACAAUCCCAUCCUCACCGUCACCGGCGCCCUAGCCCUAGCAAACCCUAACCGCGCGCCGCCAUGAAGAGCAAGGCUGGCGCCGACGCCUCAUUCAAGGCCUCCGGUGCCAAGCGCAAGAAGGCCGGCGGCCCCAAGCGCGGGCUCACCCCUUUCUUCGCGUUUCUGGCUGAGUUCAGGCCGCAGUACCUGGAGAAGCACCCCGAGAACAAGGGCGUCAAGGAUGUGACAAAGGCAGCUGGGGAGAAGUGGCGCUCUAUGUCCGAUGAGGAAAAGAAGAAGUAUGGUGGGGGCAAGAAGCAGGAAGACAAGGCAAGCAAGCCCACAAACAAGAAAAAGGAGAGCACUAGCUCCAAGAAAGCCAAAACUGAUGGUGGUGAAGGUGAGGAAGCAGAAGGUUCUGACAAGUCCAAGUCUGAGGUUGAGGAUGAUGAUGAGCAGGAUGGCAACGAGGAGGAAGAUGAGGAGUAAAUAGUAGGAUGGGGAACAGCAGCUGUGCAAUUGGGUGUUUGCUUCUUUUGUACUUAGCUUGAUAUGCUGCUGUUCCUUUUGAUGUUAUAUGCUGUAAGGAGAACCUGUAGAUGGAAGGUACCCUAGGGCUAUGACAUGCUGGAGUGCCCGUUUAACUAUUAGCAGGGAAAGAGCCGGAUACUGUUGCCAGCCUCAUCCGCAUGUGUAAACAGUUGUUUUGCUUGUUCUAUCGAACGAUUGGGUGACUACCCCCUGCAGUUGGUUUGCUGUUAAUUGUUUC